AUGCCCUUCUUAAUGCCUAUCAAUACAUCCGCUGCACCAAGAAGAUCUCCAAGCCCGCGUGACCUAUCACUACACGUACACCGUCAUGGACACUGCUGGUGGUGGGUGGUGGUGGUGAGUGGUGGGUCCUCCAUUUACUUUGGUCCAAAGGAAGGACCUGUCCCUGCAGAAUCUGCCACUCGACCAUCACCUUCCCGGGAAACACCACACCACCCAUCAGACCGUCGACCAGGUGAACCAUCAGACCGUCGACCAGGUGAACCAUCAGACCGUCGACCAGGUGAUUGGAUUGUGUAUGGAGGUGAACUAUCAGACCGUCGACCAGGUGAACCAUUAGACCAUCGACCAGGUGAACCAUCAGACCGUCAACCAGGUGAACCAUUAGAUCGUCAAACAGGUGAACCAUCAGACCGUCGACCAGGUGAACCAUCAGAUCGUCGACCAGGUGAUUGGAUUGUUUAUGGAGGUGAACCAUCAGACCGUCGACCAGGUGAACCAUCAGACCGUCGACCAGGUGAACCAUCAGAUCGUCGCCCAGGUGAACCAUCAGAUCGUCAACCAGGUGAACCAUCAGAUCGUCGACCAGGUGAACAAUCAGACCAUCGACCAGGUAAACCAUCAGACCGUCGACCAGGUGAACCAUCAGACCAUCGACCAGGUGAGCCAUCAGACCUUCGACCAGGCGAACCAUCAGACCGUCGACUAGGUGAACCAUCAGAUCGUCGACCAGGUGUACCAUCAGACCAUCGACCAGGUAAACCAUCAGACCGUCGACCAGGUGAACCAUCAGACCAUCGACCAGGUGAGCCAUCAGACCUUCGACCAGGUGAACCAUCAGACCGUCGACCAAGUGAACCAUCAGACCUUCGACCAGGUGAACCAUCAGACCGUCGACUAGGUGAACCAUCAGAUCGUCGACCAGGUGUACCAUCAGACCAUCGACCAGGUGAACCAUCAGACCGUCGACCAGGUGAACCAUCAGACCGUCGACCAGGUGAACCAUCAGACCGUCGACCAGGUGAACCGUCAGAUCGUCGACCAGGUGAUUGGAUUGUUUAUGGAGGUAAACCAUCAGACCGUCGACCAGGUGAACCAUCAAAUUAUCGACCAGGUGAACCAUCAGAUCGUCGACCAGGUGAUUGGAUUGUUUAUGAGGUGAACCAUCAGACCGUCGACCAAGUGAACCAUCAGAUCGUCGACCAGGUGCACCAUCAGACCGUCAACCAGGUGAACCAUCAGGCAGUCGACCAGGUCAUUGGAUUGUUUAUGAGUGAACCAUCAGACCGUCGACCAGGUGAACCAUCAGAUCGUCGACCAGGUGAACCAUCAGACCAUCGACCAGGUGAACCAUCAGAGCAUCGACCAGGUGAACCAUCAGAUCGUCGACCAGGUGAACCAUCAGACCGUCGACCAGGUGAACCAUCAGAUCCUCGAACGGGUGAACCAUCAGACCAUCGACCGGGUGAACCAUCAGACCCUCGACCAGGUGAACCAUCAGACCGUCGACCGGGUGAACCAUCAGACCGUCGACCAGGUGAACCAUCAGAGCGUCGACCAGGUGAACCAUCAGAGCGUCGACCAAGUGAACCAUCAGACUCGUAGACUCCGCCGUGCACGACCACUAUACCCGAAGGCUUGACGUGCGCGGUAGUAUUGACACGCGCCGUACACACAGGUAUUCCACACAUCACUCUGAGGCACACAAGGACAUAACACCUAUUAUCUACCGGACAAGUGUGGGUCGUGACGAAGGCCCCAUACAGGAGCGUCCCCACGUUAGUAGCGGGGAAGAGCGACCCGCGCCACACCAUAUCUC